GUACAAGGGGCGGAGCUGCGCUUGGUGCAGGAACCUGCUCGUUAAGAGCCGCCUCCCUCCGCUGCUUAGCCCUGAGCCGCGCCCGGUGCCGCCAUGGUCUCCUGGAUAAUCUCCCGCCUCGUGGUGCUGAUCUUCGGCACCCUCUACCCCGCGUACUCCUCCUACAAGGCCGUGAAGACGAAAAACGUAAAGGAAUAUGUGAAGUGGAUGAUGUACUGGAUUGUGUUUGCGUUUUUCACCACUGCAGAAACACUCACAGACAUUGUUCUUUCUUGGGCUGAGAGAUGCCCUGUUUAUGGAGUUUUCAUGGCUAUGGAUGAAAGACUAAAUGAUACUCGAAGAAGGUUUCCCUUUUAUUUCGAGCUGAAAAUCGCAUUUGUGAUUUGGCUGCUCUCCCCUUACACCAAGGGCUCCAGUGUCCUCUACAGGAAGUUUGUGCACCCAACGCUCUCCAAUAAGGAGAAGGAAAUCGAUGAAUACAUUACUCAGGCUUGUGACAAGAGCUAUGAAACCAUGAUGCGAGUUGGCAAGAGAGGGUUAAACCUUGCUGCCAAUGCAGCAGUUACUGCAGCUGCGAAGGGACAGGGAGUUUUGUCUGAGAAGCUUCGAAGUUUCAGCAUGCAGGAUCUCACUCUGAUCCGAGAUGAAGACACUGUGCAUAUGCGAAGCCAUGAUCCACAACUGCGCCCCUCUGGUGCGGGUCUUCUGGAAACUAUUGAAGACUCAGCUUCCUGUUACUCCUCAGGAGAGGAGAGCAGUGUGGCACAUCGGUCUAAUGGAACCCCACCAGAUACUAGAACAGACCCAUCAGAUGAAGAUGCAGGAGACAAACUUCCUAAACGUACCCAGAGUCUCAAAACUCCUAAAAAGGUGAUGAAAGCUGAGCUUCCAGUGAGAAGUGUAAAAGCCCGCCCUAAGAAGAAAGCUGCCGCCUCUCUUGCUUCUGGCGAGUCAUCCUAAGGCAACCUCCCCCCCCAUCUGUCUCUGUCCUGGGAUUUGCCUUUUGCUUUUAUGGAGAAACUCUCCAAAGGAAGGGAGCUGAGAUUCUUGUACAUAACAGAUACUGCUUUACAGAGCUCAUUCCAAGGCAAGGGGGAGGCUGGGAUUCAGAAUGCAGAGUAGAGGAUACAAAUCCGCAGGAAUUUUUUCCUUUUCUUCUCUCUGUUGGAGGGAAUGCUGAUCUAUCUGUACAUAGCCAGGUGCUUUGGAAUUCCCUGUAUAACUCUAGUUGAGAAUUUUUGCUGGAAAAACUGACUAGGGUUAGAGACAUCCGUUGCACAGAAGCUGGAAAAAUACUAAACACUGGAAUUCCACAGUGUGGGUGGCUCUCUAAAACAUCUUAUCUUGCUCUGGGUAUUCUCCUGCAGCUGUGUGUUGUUAAGAAGUGCCCAUCAUGAAUUUGUAUUCCUUAAGAAUGGACCAUACCUGAAAUGCCCAUAGCCUUGGAGAAAGUGAUGUAUGCUGAGUGCUUUUGAACUUAAAAACUGGCUCAUGGAAGGUACAUGCUAGAUUCCCAUUACUCAUACUGGAAUAUGAAGAGUUUGGUUUUUAUUUUUUUCCUGGAAGGUGAAGGGAGAUAACUGGAAAAACUAAUAAAGGAAAUGUGCUAUUGAAUGCACAUUAUAUGAUGGAGUAGGUAAGAGAUACUGUUGAGAAGGAAGGUUUGGCAUCUCUAAAGUUUUGGCUUUUUUGAAGUUGCUUGAAAUUUAUUUCAGGUUCUAAUGCUCACUGACUUAUGAGAGCAUCAGAAUGAGGUGAGUCCAUGCAGUUCCAUGGCAAGCAUACUCGCUUUGCCGUUUAGUGGUUGAACUCAUGUCAUUGUGUUGCUUGUUACUUCAGACAAAUCCUUUUAUUCUAGCAGAUGACUGGGGAAAAUCUGACUCAAAAUAGUCUGCGGGCAUACUUGAGAAUUUCAGAAGCCCUACCCUCUCAGCUUUAGGAGAGCCAAUCCUCAGGACAUGAUAACUGAAACAGGUGGUAUGCUAACAGUUGAGUUCCGCAGACUUCAGGAUUUCAUUUAUGGGGAAUAAAAAACAGGGACUAGGGCACAAUACUGUGAUUAGUCAGUCCUCUUGCUUUAUCCUGCUGCAGCCCUUACACAGUUUUUCUGUCUGACAUGUACCAUGUUUAUUAGUGUCCUGAGACUUGAGCAAUACUUAACACUUGGGUCAGAAAACUACAAGGAAUGUAGAAUAUGUAUUGUGGGAGUGAAAUCACAGUGCUGCAGAGAAAAUUUGCAUCAUGCCAAGCCAUGCUAAUCUCUUGGAUGUUGUUAAGGGGAGAACCCCUGUACACAUGCUGAGUCAAUGAAAAUUUAUGAGAUUUAUGAGUACAGUUCUUGUUAUCAAGAUCCAUAAUGAAGCUGCACCAUUAUAGACAUGGGUGUCUGAAUGAUUACUCGGUGGUCUUAAUUUUCACUGAAAUUAGUUAUCAAAGGAACCUGCCUCCUACAUGCAAGUUGGUGUUUGUGUGCCAUACUUUUGCUGUCAAAUUUCUGAAAUUACAUUGAAUUCUUCACAGAGCCCAGUAUUUUGCUGUUGACAAGGUAUAGAAGCACUUCUGCAACUAAUGCUCCACAAGUAUUUCUGUCCUAGAGAACAGCCUUUCAAAAGUUUAUAAAGUUGAAGAUUAAGACUGAAUUUUUUUCUUGUUUCCCAUUGUCUUGGUGACACAUUGUUUGCUGUUGAAUUGACUAGUUAUUUCAGGAAACCAAUUAAGUUGGGUUUACUAUUUUUUGUAGCUUUUAAAAAUUUAAGUCUUUAUAGUCCAUGUUAGAAACUUGCAUCUUGUCAGAAUUAUUUGUCCUAAAUUACCCACAAGGCCUUAUGCAGAAGCCAGUAGAAAACCCUUGAUUUGGUUCUGAAGUUUGGUUCUGAAUUUCACAAAAAAACCCAAUUAUUUUGUUCUUUUUUAGUUUAUUAGCAAACUUCAUAUUCGUGUCUUACUAGCACAUGCAAAUGCAUGUCCUGAAGCAGGAAUGCUUUCUUUUUCCAAAGGAAAUUCCUCUGGACAACAGAUAAAAACCUUUCAUGGUUAUAGGGAAGAUCCAGGUGUGAGAAAUUGCUGUGCUAGACUUUACUGAGCAAGAGAGAACCAUCAUUCUCUAUAUACCAAGUAUGUCUGUGACCACAUUUCUUGAUUUUUUUUUUUUUUAACUUAAAAUUUUGGAUGGCAAAUUAUUCAUGUAACUUAUUGUAAGGAACUUGGUUUGGAAGCGAAGUCUCCCCUUGUGCUGAUCUUCUCGCCCUUUCCUUGUGCAUGCACUAUGAUAGUCGACGAUUACUAAGUUUCCACAAAUGACUUUCCAGAAUCUUCUCUAGAAUACAUUUAUUUGCAAUGGCUUUUCUGCUUUGAAGCACAGGAAAAAUUUCUGAAGAUUCAGUUCUGAUAUUUGGAUUUAUCUUUGUCUUCCUGAGCUAGGUCCUGUGCUAAGUAGCUUUUACUUAGCAUUGAUGCUUGAUGUCAUUAGCCUGUGGGCAAGUUAAUAUGGGUCAGUUUUACUCUGACUUUUGUUUAUAUGGGGAAAUUGGCUUUUUGGUUGCAAGAGUGAGUCUGUAGUAGAGUCAGGGACUAUCUAGUGUGUGGUAUGAAGCUGAUGAUGUCAAGCAGCAGAACUUACCCAGAGCAAGAUCAGUGUCUUAGCAUGGGUACUGUUUUGUUCUUCUAGUACAAAUGUGACUGCUAGAUUGUGCUUUGCUUGAUCAGAGCUACUGCAGAUCUACCACCACCCAUGUGACCUCUUAGUGAGUUUCUAGAUAUAGUUCUGCAUUGGAUGGCACUGUCUUGCAUAGAAAUUCUCUUGUUAAUGAGAACGCUGAAUGUGCUGUUUUGAUAAAAUGCUUUUAUCAGCUGCAGUUCAGUGUUUUCAGCAGGAAAUGCUGGAAUGUAGUUUCUCUUCAGUAUCAUCUGUGGGCUUCAUUGUGCAAUUAAGCGGAUGGUUAAAUCUUCACUUAGCAGUAGAACCUGUUGUGUUUGGUAAAUGUUUAGAUCCUUUUCCUAGUAUGCCUGGCCACAGAGCGAAGUGCAGUAAGAGAAAAUGAUACUUGACAGUGGGAGCUGAAGAGGGUGGCAUGUAUGAGUCAAACUUCGUGUACCUAAAAGUUAUCCUAAAAUACCUGUAUCGUGAGAUACAAAGUUGAAGCCAUGACUGCCUAACAGUGUUCUGCUGUUAGAAAAGAAAAUAGUGAAACAUGGUUUCCUGUCUGAGAAACUUAAUGAUUUGUUGCAUAAAAGGGAAGAAUGUUUUCUUGUUUGGCAGUUAUCCUCCGCAGAGAGUAAGAAAUAUGAAAAUAUAGGGGAAACAACUGUCAGGUUUUAAACCUUUACGCUUUACCUAAACAUCUUUAUUACUUACUUUUUUUAAAUUGAGUUUGUGAUUCUCCGGCUUUACAUUUCUGGGACUGAUUUCUUUUAGACUAGAAUAAUUUCCUUGGUAGAUAGAGCGUAUAUAGAGAGAUGGGUGCUGGUGUUCUUAAAAUUGCAAAGCUUGUUCUGGGGAAGUUUCACCUUCCCUCAUUUUAGUGAAUUGAUUUCCAUUCUUUGUGCUUUUGCAGUGGUGGGCUUUCUUUUAUACAUCCUUCUUGGGAGUACGACUCCCUCACAAUAUACUUCCUUGGAAACCAAGAUUUCUAGAGAACCAUAACUUUCCAGAAAUGAUUAUUUAUUCUGUGCCAUCUUAAUCAGCAGGAAAUUUAGUGCCUUAGGAGAAAAGGAAGAUAUCUGUGGAGAACCCUGCUGGUUCUCUGAUCUACGCAUACAUAGCAUUGUAUUAAGGAGGCUCACAAAUUACCUGUGAAGUGUCAUUGUAUGCUUGAGAGCAGCUGUUGAAUUGAGCUAAUUUUUCCUUUCUGUCUUCCAAAGUUGCAUAUAGUGCUUAAAAGUGUGGAUUUUUCCCUAAGAGAGAAAUCUAGGGGGAAAAAAAAGAUGUAUUCUAAUGGGGGCGCACUGUAUUGUCACAUUACUGCUUGCUGGGGAGAUGCUAAAUGACAUCUCUAUGUAACAGGUCUGUACCACAGCUUUUCCUGCUUUAGCCACUAGGAAUUUGUAAUGUGCUGUCUGGCGGAACCAUCUUGUGGUGCUGCUUUGUGAGUUGUCUUGCAAAGUCAGAUAUGUGAAAAAACAGGAAAGUAUUCUGAAGUUACAUGAGCUUGUAGAACCAUAGAGGUGUCAGACUUGGAAGGGGCCUCUGGGGGUCAUCUGGUUCAGCCUUGCAAUUCAGUCAGGGCCACCCACUGCCAGUUCCUGUGUGCUAUUUCUGGUCUGGAAUCUACUGAGUUUAAUGUUUAAGAGCUGAUAAUAUGUGCAGAACUGCAUAUGCUACAUGGGAAUGUGCUUUAGUGUUACUGAGAAGAAAUGUUUCCUGGUCACUUUUCAUCUGGAAUUUGGCUCUGCUGUAAGACACUAUAAACAUAACUUGUUCUUACGUUCCUUAUAGGUAUUGUUAAAAUGCGUAAAGGCCUCAAAAAAGAUCCCAAGAGGUAUGCAGAGUAAGUUGUGAAAAUAGCUGGUUUUAACAGUAAAUGGAGACAAUAACUACAUAGCAGCUAAGAGCCCGUCUAGUGAGAUAGAUAGAAUUUGGCUUGAGCUACAUACAUUGAGAUUCUUCAAACUUUCAUCCCUUCAGAACAAUAAAGUUUGACUUUUACCUCAGCAGGCAACUGAUCUGCAGGGAGGACCAGACAAAUAUCAAGUGUCUCUCAUCACUUUGUAGGUGUGUUAUGCUGGAGAAGCACUAGCAGGAAGCUUCAGAGGAUGUGUUAGCCCAGGGAAUUCUGCCCUCUGUCCCCUGCCAAAGCCUGCAUUUUUGGGUGAACCAAAUGCUGGACUUAGCUAUGCUCAUAUACACGGUUAUUUGUAGAAUCUCAAAAUUCAGUGUCAGAUUUUCCAGUGCUCUAUUUCUAAUGAUAACAGGAAUUAAAAUAAUACGAAGUGAAAAGAAACAGUUGGCAGUUGGUGGGGUUUUUCUGCAACUUUUCAGGUAAAUUUAGGUCAUUGCUAUUUAUAUGACUAAAAUCUUUGCCUAAAGCCCCUUGCAAGCUAUUACUUUCUUUGCUUUCUUUCUGAGCUCCUAUUCUUCUGUGAAUUGGUAAUGGGUUUUUAUGUUUACUCUUACUAAGCCAGGGCUGGCUUCCAUUUUACUGACUGGGGAAACCUGUAAUACACUGUAUUAAGGCAGUAAUUUAGUCUCUUUUUUUGUUAUUUAAACCUAUGACCUAGAUUAAUACAUGUAAUUUGUACAACAAAGCCUAAGGCUGGAUUCCCAGGUGGAAGUGAGCAUCUGUUGCAAAUAGGACAGUUUGACGUACUUCCCUUUUCUUGCAGUUGAUUCUGGCUGAAAUACGCUUACUGCAGACCCUUUGGACAAGAGCAUUCUGUCAGCAUUUAAGCAGAUAAUAUUAGAAGUAGCAUUUAUGGGAAUACUGCAAAAAUAAGUGAACACUAAAGGAGCAAAAGCUCAAGUCUUCUGUAAUAUAUAACUGAGAUUACCUAAAACACAAAAAUAUUUCUGGCAGCAGUGGAAAUACAUUGCUAUACUGACUUACAAAGGUAGGGAAUUCAGUCAUGGUCUUUGUAGCAGGUUUGGGAGGAAAGUCAGUCUGGAUGCCAAGCAUACAAAGUUUUACCAGGGAACUAAGUUUUUAUCAAAAUAGUGCUUAGUAACUUACCAAGAAGAAAGAAGUAAAAAAAAUUGACUGUUAAACAGAGAGGAAUUUUCCUGAUCAUCAAACCUAGUAUUCAAUAUAAACCUUCUGUAUUUGUGCCUCUGCCUUAUUUGGGAAAGCGGUGAGUUAAUGGACUCCUUAUUUCUGGCUCCUCUGUUAGAUUAUUUCUCUAAUUAAUGUCAAAUUAGAGAUGCAGCAUUUUAAUGUCAAAGUCCCCGUUAGCACAGUGCUGAUCUAAAUGCAGUGCCACACAAGGAGGGUUGUGAAUUACUUUUUGUCCACCAGAGGGUAUAAGCAUAACAUAAAAUCACUGAACCUGAGCGAGAAGAGACGUGUCUCAUAACAAUUCAAUUAUGACAGCUGAACAGCAAUAUUUCCUAGGUGUGAGUGAAGGCCCUCCUUGGGGGUGAGGGGAAAAACAAUCUGGGGCUCUAAUGGAGAAAUGUGAAAUAAUACUGCUGUUAACCUCUGACUGAAAAGGCUAUUUAAGCUUCCUGGGCGUUCUAAUUGAGCUGCUAUCCAGUGAGGCUUGCUGAGACAAUAGUGUUACAGAAUAACUGUCCUCACUGUUGUUGUUGUUGUACAUUCAAACCAUUUUCUAGCUGCAGGAGGGAGCUCUGAAAAUGGCAAUAUUUGUGAUUUCCUGCCCCACCCCCCCCGCCACCCCCGGCCCCAGCUUUGCAAUUGCUGUGUGUUGUUUUACUUCAUACUCUGAAUUUUAAUAGUAUUUCCUGGUAAGGAUGGGUAUUUUCUUUCAGUUCGAUCUAUUCUCUGUGAAAAGAGAAGCAAUUUUAAUCUAAAAAUACAGAUGUAUCUAAUGUUAUUAUCAUAAUUUGCGACCAUGGCAACAGAGAGUUAGCAUUCUGAAGAACAGACAAAUUGGUUUUUUGGUUGUUUGGUUUUUAUGUUGUGUUGUUGGGGUUUUUAAGUCAAUGACCUAAUUAGCAGUGGAUGCAUUUCACAAAAAAACCCUGACUUUUUGUAUUUGUUAACCAUACAAGAUCAUAUGGGUCCGAGGGAUUUUGACAUUCUUACAUAGAAAAGCUGAUGAACUGCAGGCUGAAUGAGUAGAUGGGGUGCAGUGGAGGAAAAAAACUGGCUUAAUGGCCAGGCCCAAGGGGGCAGAUCAGUGCCAGAAAGUCUAAUCAGAGGCCAGCAGCUGGCAGCAUACCUCAGGGUUAGUCCUGUUAUCUUCAUUAAUGAUGGGGAAGAAUGUGCCCUCAGCAAGUGUCCUGGCAAUGAAAAACUGAGAGGAGUGGCUGAUAUGCCAGAAUGUUAUGCAGGAUGCAGCAAGAGGAACAUAGGUUAUUUUACUUUCACUCUCAAAAUACAUGGAAAUCCUAGUAGGAAUCCUUAAUGCAACAGUAUGAGAUUCUUUCCAAUGUUGAGAAAAUCUUUUAUUUGCAACAGCACAGAUGGAGAUUUGCAGGCUGAAGGAGGAGCCAGGAUAUACCAGGAGGUUUCUGCAGGAAAGAGAAAUAGAAUCUAGAGUAGUCCUGGGGGUUCUUCAAUGUCAGACUUAGGGGAAAUAAAGAAGAAGAAUAAAAUAUAUUUGAUAUGUUUCUAUUUUUCCACCAUAUGAUCAGAGUUGGGUAAACCAACACAGUGCUUUUGGGGGGUGCUAAAUUUCAAGUACAAGUUAUGGAUUGCCGUGACAUGCCCCAUCCUAAGAGUGUGUACUGUGUUCUACAAAACAUUUAGUAAUGAUUUAAAGAGUUACAAGAAAUUAACUUAUUAUUGAGGGAGGUGGGGAUGGGUUUUGUGGCUAAGCCUUGUAUUUAGUGUGUUUAUUUCUGCCAGUGUAGAGCUAACAUAAAGGCUCUCUACUGUCAACAGUCAAUGUCAGUUUUAUAGGAAGUAUGUGAAUAGAAGUUUGGCCAAAGCCAAACCACAGAUUUUUUCCAAGCUUUUCCUUUUUUCUAGGCUCUGUUGGGGAAUCUAGCAACUGAAAGGAAAUUAUAUCAUUGCUGCUAUGGCUUGCUUGUUUGGGGCAAUGAAUAUACUGAAUUAAACAGAAGUAAGCAGCAUUUAAUAGCUUAAUUUUUGUAAAAGCCAGCUGUCAUGACCAUUCUGUAUUUACCACAAGAAAACAGUAAUUGGUGCAUGGAGCCAUUCUAGUGUGGAAAGGCUAUUACUUCCAAAAAGGGAAAGCAGAGAAACGGCCAACCCAAACUGAAUUGGUACAGCUAGUGCAGUCUCCUGUCUCUGAUACUGCGCAGUCUGUUUGAUGACCAGAGGUUAUUUUGGAAUGAAACAUGCAUUGGAAAUGCCUCAUCAUGACACUGUCACCUUUUUACCCAUGUGCUGAAGCACAAUGGUGUUAAAUGACUACGUUUUCCUGAGAGGGGCAGUUGUUUGAAUUCUGUCACUAAUUUUUUGUAGUCAUUAAGUUAGGUCACUUGCUUCAGUAUAAUGACUUAAAUAUACAAAACCUAAGUCUCGUGUUGUGCUUGCUUUAAUAUCCAUACUCUUCUUAGGUAUCUUUUAACAUUCUCUUUUUUGAAGAACCUCUUUUAAAGGGCCCAUUGCUUAUCUUCCGUUUCUAUCCGAAGUGUAAUACAAAAGGUUCUAUCAAUGCAGAUGUGCUCUCAUUCCACAGGGUGGCAACUCAUCCUUAUUUCUCUUCUCAAUUAUUUUGACAUUUCCACUAGAAGUGGCUUUCCUGGCUGAGUUUCCUUCUGAGGCAUCAGGGUCAUAAACAUGGAAAGACAGCCCCUCUGUUGGGGUUAAAGAGUAUUUGGAAAAGCUCAUUAUACUGUGUCUAUUCAGGCUGUAUCAACUUGCUGAAGAUUGCUGAUGAGCCCAAAAAGGCAUCAUCUAAGGACUAAAUUUUGAACACUUCUUGCUACUGCCUCAUGUGGGUCUUUCUGGUAAGUGGUGCUCCCAGUCACAACUGAUCACAAGUGUAUGAUGGCACCUCUAAAGAAAAAGUUGCUGUGAUAUGGUUUAAUUAUUGAUGUGGGUGGGGGAGAAAGGUUCUGGAGGUUAUUUAUUCACUUUUUGUUUCCAGAUUAUUUUGACAGAUAAAUGUCUUGGAUACUUUGAAUUUAAAUCUACAUGUGUCAUUUGAACAGGCUUAUAGAUUUAUGAGUUGAAGGUAUGGCUUUUUGUUCUUUGCUGGUGAGUUUACAUGCCUUUCUCCCACCUCAUGCCCCAGUUUCUUGCUACUGAUGCCUGUGGAUAUUAUUUUUCAAAAUGCUGUUUUGUUAUCUUCACAAAUUGUGCUCCUAAAUCAUUUUAGUUUAUCUUCAUGUCUUAUGUGUUUAAUCUUCUGCCUUUCCCCCUCUCCACUGUUGACUGAAUAAAGAUAGGAAAAUUAA